AGCCCGCCCUCUUCAUGGAAAGGCCCGCGCUGUGGCCCCCUGGUGAUGGCGGCCGACAGUGACGUGAAGAUGUUACUGAACUUCGUGAACCUGGCGUCCAGCGACAUCAAGGCCGCUCUGGACAAGUCGGCGCCGUGCCGCCGCUCCGUGGACCACCGCAAGUACCUGCAGAAGCAGCUCAAGCGCUUCUCCCAGAAGUACUCCCGGCUCCCCAGGGGCCUUCCCGGCCGGGGGGCUGAGCCCCACCUGAAAAGGGGGCCCGAGGACCGGCCCAGAAGGCUGCCCCUCCACCUGGGCCCUGACUGCAGCCCCAGCGGGAGUGGGGGCUACAAGGAGAAGGCUCUGGGGCACCCCUUCCGGCAGGAAUGUCUCCCCACGGAGCUUGCCCUCCACGGGCAGAGUCCAGAAGCCGCCAAGCCUGGCCAGGUGCCCAUGAGGAAAAGACAGCUGCCCGCGUCCUUCUGGGAAGAGCCCAGGCCCACCCACAGCUAUGCUGUGGGGCUCGAGGGGGGCCUGGGCUCCAGGGAGGGACCUCCCUAUGAGAAUAAGAAAACUUGCCAUGGCCUGGAGUCCCUGGGGCUCGAGUCUACCCCGGUGCCCAUGUCCCCAAGGGUACCGGCUGACAAGAACCCGCUGGGGAUGCCCGGGAUGUCCCUGGGGGGCCGAAUGGAUGCCUGGGGCUGCUGCCCCUUCCAGUACCAUGGACAGCCCAUCUUCCCUGGCCCUCCGGGGACCCUGCCUCAGAGCCCAGUGCCCAGCCUGGGCCUGUGGAGGAAAAGCCCGGCUUCUCCCGGGGAGCUGGUCCACUUCUGCAAGGACGUGGAUGGCCCAGGGCAGAAGGUGUACAGACCCGUGGUCCUGAAGCCCAUCCCCACCAAGCCGGCCAUGCCCCCUCCCAUCUUCAAUGUCUUCGGCUACCUCUAG